ACGAGAGCUUCCAAAAGCUCUAAACAGUUGCUCACCACGUAUCGCAGUUUCUCGUCGAACCGUCAAAUGGUCAAGCUUCACUGCAUCGAGUCGCAUUCAAUUAACCUCGCUUCCGCCUCGCGAUACACCACUGCUGCCGCACUUAUCGCACCUCACCCCGCUCAGUAUCGAUACCAGCCCUCAAGCGCAUGGUGGGGUCAAGAUGCCGCCCAGAUCUUCUCUGACGUCUUCCUUUUCAAUCACCGACUCCAACAAUGAAGUCGUGUGUCCUCUGCGAAACCAAGAUGGAUCUAGCUGUAGGAAAAGAUGCAUCGGUGAAAAACGAUAUCGUUCCAUGCAAGAGCACAUCCGCCGAGCACACCCAGAGCACUAUAUUUCUAAGCUUCCAGCGACCGAAGAAAGCUUCUUGCUCAUGAUCAAUACUCCUCCUUCUGAACGCCCGCCGAUGCCAACCGCGACCUCUAUUCCCCAGGGCUUCAAUCAUGACCGCCACAUGUAUGACAACAGCAAUCCGGGGACGCCCCGGGUCAUGGAGGACCAAGCUGUCGGCUCCAUGCUUCCCGCCGCCAGCGCCGCUGCUGCUUUGGCUCAGCUGCAUGGUCACAAGGUCGAACCUGAAUGGGAGUCCGAGAUGGGUUGGCAUUCUGACAGCGAAGGGCGUCGGAUUCCCAGGACAUCAAUUGAAUUGCCGCCAUUGCAGUUGUCGAAUAACGACAUUACCAGCGAGCCGUUUCCAGCCAUGAACUCGAGCAGGCCGCGUGAUAUCCUCCCCUCAAUCAUAGCAAAUUCCCCUCCUGGGCGUUCCUCGACACUUCCGCCAAUCCAGCGACCAGUAGGGCCCGCGCGACCAAGGAAGCAAUCUGUUACUAAGAGAGGCCGAGAGGCACACCACAAGAAACAAAAGUCUCGCGGAUCGGCAGCAGACUGGCUUCGACGCAUCCAGAACGACGAACGGCUAAGACCAGGUAACAAUGACCGUAAGGCGUUAUCGGCUGAACCUUCUGCAGACUAUGGGAAGAGAUGGGAAGAUCUCAUCGACGCCGCCGACCAGGCUGCAUCUGCCGCCGGCGAUAUCGAUGAGGAUAGAACUCCCAUGCCUCAAUCACCAGUUUCUAUUCACAGGGCUUCGCUGCCUCCAUUCCAACAACAUCAUGGAUUCCAAGCAGCGACUGGAGGAAAUUACCAAGCUUCACCUCUGCAGCAAGCCUUGACCCCGCCAUCCUACAACCAGGACACAAUUGACCCAUUCCCGUCGGUUGAGAGCGGCGAGAGUGGAGAGAACUUCCAUAUCGAGUCUCGAGGCCUGUCAGAUUCAUCGCCGAGUUAUUCAUCUCAGAAUACUCAAAUUUAUUGCGCAGCCUGUCAGAGCGUCUCACUGCUCAAGGACUCGUAUGCCUGCACAGAAUGCAUCUGUGGCCUGUGCCAGGCGUGCGUUGAUGUUCUCAUGGCAGAGCAGGGGGCCCGUCGCAAGUGCCCCCGUUGCGCAACAAUUGGCGGCCGGUUCAAGCCAUUCCAGCUUGACAUCCGGUGAUUUUGUCCUUCUCAUCGACCUUCAUGAAUACGUUACGCACAACAUUUGAACCUGGGGCUGCAUACUGCAUUUGACAUCACGCACCAAUACACACUCGGCGUCUUGGGAACCAACAGAGCAUCAAACUUGACAUGAGGAUUCGCUGCAUCGUUCAAUACCCUGGCGUUGCAACUUGGCGAGAGCUUAGACAGAGAGCUUUUCAUGAGCCGGUUUUCUACACAAUCUUUACUAUUCUAUGGAUGAGUGAACUAUGACAGUAUUGUGGGAUAGCUCUUGCUUUU